AAUCUUAAUUAUGGUGUCGAAAUUACUAAUAAUAAACUCGAUGAUAUACAAUCCACCAUAAUAAAAAAUAAAACAACUGGUGGUGCCUAUGCGCAAAAUGUCAAAUUGAGUGAUCCUCCAACAGGACAUUAUAAUC